UGACAGAUAAUUUGUUCGUAUUCUAACCUAAAAUUCGCAUGUUUCAAAAACUUAUCAAUUAAAUAAAAACAGAAAUAAAUAAAAGUGCCACAAAUGUUUCUAAGUGUAACUGUUUAAGUGAAGUUGUGUAUAGUGCAAUAUGAUUUCACGAAAACCGAUAUUUCAAAAGCCGAGUGAUGACAAUCUAUAUCCAGUGAGGAACAAAAACGGAGAGAUAGAAACAUUAGUGAACCCGAACAUAGACUCAGCGUUAAGCAUUGAUAAUGACUCUAAAACCAAUGUUGUCUACAAUCGUUACCACCACUUGCCUCUCGAGGCUCAACGACAGAAGUUACCGGUAUUCCAGUAUCGCAAUCACAUCCUGUAUUUGAUGGAGAGGUAUCAGACGUUGGUUCUGAUAGGAGAAACUGGAUGCGGCAAGUCUACACAAGUUCCACAAUAUCUGCACGAAGUGGGGCACAAGGUGUGCGUCACGCAGCCGCGCAUCACCGCUGCGGUGACGCUCGCGACCCGCGUCGCCGAGGAGCGUGGGGAGCGUGGGGUGCGUCUGGGGGAGGAGGUGGGGUACGCGGCGGGUAUGACCGCUGAGAGGACAGUGGACACGGGGAUCGUGUUCAUGACAGAAGGUGUGUUGCUACGAGAGAUGUUCGCAUCGCCGCUGUUGAUGCAGUAUACUUGUAUUGUAUUGGACGAGGUGCACGAGAGAUCACAAAUGACCGAUGUUUUAUUGGGACUUUUGAAGAAGAUAGCUAAAAAACGCAAGAACUUAAAAAUCGUGAUAUCAUCAGCGACAAUGGACGGUGAGUUCUUCAAGCGGUUCUUCGAAUCGCGCGAUGCGCACGGGCAGACGGACACGUCCGUCGUCAUGUCCGUGCCGGGGCGGACGUAUCCCAUUGAAGUGUUCUACAUUUCAGAGCCGGUCGCGGACUAUGUGAAGGCGACAGUGGAUACUAUCAUUAAAAUACAUGAAAACGAACCGUUCGGCGAUGUUUUGGCGUUUCUGACCUCACAGGAAGAAAUCCUAUCAGCCUUAGAGACGUUACAAAUAUACGCGGAGGCAAACAACGAAAAAAACAAACACAGAAAGUCAUUCGCCAGCGGCAUCCACGCGGCGGAUUUAUCGAUCCUGCCCAUGUACGGCAGCCUGCCUUUGCACAAGCAAAUAAAAGUUUUCCAAAUGGCCGAGAGGAACGUUAGGAAAGUGAUUCUAGCUACUAAUAUAGCUGAGACCAGCGUGACCAUUCCGGGCGUUGUUUAUGUGGUAGACAGCGGGUUCCACAAACUGGCGCACUACUCGCCGCAGCUGGGCGUGGAGUGCGUGUGCGUGUGUGGCGUGUCCGCACACAACGCACACCAGCGCGCCGGCCGCGCCGGCCGGAGCAAACCCGGGAAAUGUUACAGACUAUACACGGAAGAGGAGUUCUCGAAGCUCCCGGAGAGCGUCCCGCCGGAGAUGUGCCGCAGCGACCUCAGCUCCGCGCUGCUGCAGUUGAAAGCUCUCGGCAUUCAUAACUUGCUGAGGUUCACGUUCCCCACCCCGCCGCCGGCCAAGAGUCUCCUGGGCGGGCUGGAGCUGCUGCUGGCGCUGCGGGCGGUGGACAGGAGCGGCGCGCUGACGGCGGAGGGGCACCGGAUGGCGGAGCUGCCGCUGAGGCCGAUGUUCGCCAAGAUGUUGUGCCAGAGCGGUGAAUUCGGGUGUGUCGAUGAAAUUCUAUCGAUAGUGUCGAUGCUACAAAUGGACAGUGUUUUCGUGAAACAGUACACCGGCAAAGCGUGUGCCGCCGCUAGAGUAUCCAGGAGGAAUAAUUUCGAGGUGGCAGAAGGCGAUAUCAUAAUGUAUUUAAAUAUAUACGAUUCCUAUAGUAGAGUGAAGGGGGCUCAUAAUGAUGAGAAAUCGGCGAAAAAGGCGUGCAAAGACUGGUGCCACAGGAUGUAUAUCAAUUAUAGAGUUAUGGAAAAGGCUUGUGAAAUUCGGAGCAGUCUGGAGAAGUUGGUUAAAGGCAAGUUUAAUAUUGAGAAUAAAACAUUCGAAGGACCGGAUUUAGGUUCAGCAAAAUGCAUACGAAUAAUGAAAUGCGUGCUGAGCGGAAUGUUCCCGCAGGCCGGCUGGCUGGGCGCGGCCGGACACUACACGAGCGUUCUCGGAGCUAAGUUGUUUAUAAGCGAGAGUAGCUGCUUGUAUCGCGUGCAACAACCCACUUGGGUGGCGUUCGCGAGCGUGCAGAGCGCGGGGGACAGGGUACACAUGAGAGACCUCAUGGCGAUACGGAAGGAGUGGCUGCUGGAAGUAGCUCCGCAUUAUUAUACUGAACUUUAAUAAAUUAUUCUUAAA